GCAACUUCCGGGUGGCGCCGGUGGCGCUGCUGUCGCCGUCGCUUGUCGCGACAGGGAGGUGGCCCGGCCGUGUCGGGGGUUGCCGGUGGCUGUCGCGAUGAGGGUGGGGGCGCUGCUGCGGCUCUGCGCCCGCCCGGGGCCCCGGUACCUGCAGGGACAGCGGCCGGGGCCUGGAACCCGCGAGUAUUUUUAUUACGUGGAUCACCAUGGACAGCUUUUCCUGGACGACGCCAAAGUCAAGAACUUCAUCACCUGCUUCAAAGACGUUGGAUUCCUCUCAUUCUUCUUCAAGCACCUGGAGCGGAACCGGAGCGGGCGCUACCAGGAGGAAUUCCCGUUCCUUUCCCGCUGCGGCCGGGAACGGAAUUUCCUGCGCUGUGCUGACGUUCCUGUGGUUUUCACCCAAAUCCUGCCUGGAUCUGAGGGGAAUUCCCUCCUUUCCUACUGCGGAGGCGGCUCCAAGCUGACAGUGCCAUUCCAGCCGGGAAUGCUGGCGGUAUCCCCGGAAAAUGGGCGGCUUUAUCACCCAGCUCCGGAAAAAGCCGGAGGAGUUGGGUUGGUGCGUUCGGCACUGGCAUCCGAGUGGAGCUCGGAAUUCCAGUUUGAGGAAGGGCCAGAUAAGCCCCCGACACAUUUUUUGUGGGAAGGAAGGAGGUAUCAGCUCUCCGGGGAAUUGUUGGGAAUUCUGCGGGCAGAAAAAUCAGGAUUGGAGGUUGAGGCUGUCAGAUCCUGAAAUGGAAUUCUGGCUUAUUCAGAAAUGGAAUUCCCAAUUAUUCCCUUGGCAAACAGGAGAUUCCCAACAUAUUCCCAAGGAAUCAGAGCACCCCAAAAUUGCACGCAGCUGAACCCCGCAGUUUUCUGUAAAAAUCCCAAAAAAAAAGGAAUGGAA